AUGGAAGACGAAGUUUCAUCGUUUGAGUCAAGUGAAAUGUUGGCAACAUUUCUGGCCUCAACGCCGUUGCUCGAGGAGUCAUGGAAGCUUUGCCGCCACGCCAACGCCUCCACGGUGCAGGAUUUCAUCUGGAAUCGAGUGGGGGACGUGACAUACGUUGCCUUUCCGGGGCUUCAAAACGUCGGAUCGGAUUCCUGUACCAGAGAAUUGGUGGCGCUGGGAACGGCGGCUGAGGGAGUUUUUACCGCGUUUGAUCGUCACGUCGUUGAAAGCGAAGAACCGCCCAUGGUUCAUAUUGGAUUGCUGCAACUCUUCCUGUCUCUGUACAACACCCAAACUUUCCGAGCUAAGAUGACAGAAAUCAUGAACGAAAGCAAAUCGAUUGUUUUCACGGGCCACUCCAUGGGAGGAUCGCUUGCCUCGCUCUCAGCCCUUUGGCUUCUCUCUUGUCUAGGAAACACUUCACUCUCCACAGCAAUUUUUUGCAUCACCUUUGGCGCACCUAUGCUAGGAAACGAAUCCCUUUCCCGAGCCAUCCUCCAUGAAAGGUGGGGUGGAAACUUUUACCAUGUCGUGGCACAGCAUGACAUUGUACCAAGGCUGCUCUUUGCACCAACUAUUCCAUUUAUUGUGGAGUUGCAUGCCUUCUUCAAAUCCCUGCAGUUUUCACUAACAACCCCGUACUAUGAACAGCUAGCUGUCCAAUUGUCCGAUGAGAACAAAGCUGAACUAUUUCGUACAGUGUUGGCCUGUCUUGAAGCAAGUUCAAGAGCAUUAAAUAAUCAGGAAAGAGUACCCUUUUGGCCAUUCGGGAGCUUCAUGUUCUGUACAGACAAGGGAUCAAUUUGCGUGGACAAUGCCACGGCUAUUGUUAAGUUGCUUUACUUGAUGCUAGCAACAGGUUCGCCUAGUUCCUGUAUAGAGGAUCAUCUCAAGUAUGAUGAGUAUGUGACGAGAGCUUGCUGGCAGUAUUUGAUGAAAACAAGCUUCAUGGAAGGCAGUUCGACUGAAUCGAGCUAUGAAGCAGGGGUUGCAUUGGCUUUGAAUUCAGCAGGAAUAAGUUCCCAUGAACCAGCUUAUGGACUCGCAAAAGAUUGCCUCAAAAUGGCAAAGCAAGUAGGUUGUAGACGCAACAUUAACAAUGCUAAGCUCGCUGUUGAUUUAUCAAAAAUCACGCCACUUAGAGCUCAGAUCGAGUGGUACCAAAAAUUUUGCGAUGAUUCUGAUGAUCAGAUGGGAUACUAUGAUUCAUUCAAGCAGAGAAGUGCUUCAAAGAAAGGCAGCAAAGUUAAUAUGAACCGUUGUAGGCUCGCACUGUUUUGGGAUAAAGUGAUCGAAAUGCUGGAAACAAAUCAACUUCCUUAUGAUUUUGAUAAGCAACCAAAGUACGUGAAUGCUUCUCAAUUCUACAAACUCCUUGUCGAACCUCUGGAAAUUGCUGAAUAUUAUAGAACUGGGAUGCACAAGAUGAAAGGCCACUAUAUUGAGCAAGGCAGGGAAAAAAGGUUUCAGAUAUUUGACAAAUGGUGGAAAGACAGAAAAGUCGGUGAGGAAGAAAACAGUCCGCGGAGCAAACUUGCCAGUUUAACACAAGAUUCGUGCUUUUGGGCAAGAGUAGAGGAAGCAAGAGAAUGUAUUUAUGAGGUUGCAUCUGAAAUGGACAUGGGAAGGAAUUUGCUAUUGCGGGAGAAAAUCGAAAGGUUUGAACAGUAUGCCAGCCGAAUGAUUGACAGGAAGGAAGUGUCCAAAGAUGUUAUAGCCAAAAACUCAAGCUACAAUUUGUUUGUGGGAGAAUGGAGAGAACUGAAAUCUCAUGCGCAGCCAUGUCCAUUUCAGUUUCCUAGUCUUCAAGAUGGGGGGAAUAUGGUUCCUUAG